AUGAUUAAACCAACCAGUGUUAAGGAUGUUGACCAACAUGAAAUGGUUAAACACAUUGCGCAUUUUUUGAAAAAAAGUGGGAAAGUCAAGGUACCUGAUUGGUCAGAUCUCGUGAAAAUGGGAAGUUACAAAGAACUUGCACCUUUUGAUGCCGAUUGGUACUACACUAGAACUGCUAGCAUUGCACGGCGUCUUUAUAUUCGUUCGCCAACAGGAGUUGGUGCCUUGCGGCGUGUUUACGGUGGAAGUAAACGACGAGGAGUAACACCAAAUCACUUCUGCAAAGCUUCUGGUUCUGUUAUUCGAAAGGCGCUUCAAACACUGGAGGCCAUAAAAUGGGUUGAGAAACAUCCGGAAGGUAAUGGCCGAAUACUUUCCCGACAGGGACGAAAAGAUUUGGAUCGAAUUGCCGCACAAAUACGCCAAAGUAGUACGACGGAGCUAGAAUAA